AUGGAGCUAAUUCCUUACUCGUCUCGGGACGGUCGUGAAAUCGUCUUACGCCACCGUAAUGCUAUCGUCGUUCGCGAUCCCUCGUCGCAACGCCUCGAGAUUCGAGGUGUUCCUUUGACAGAGUGUCCCACUUGUCACCAACCUCUCCGCCCACCCUCCCCCGAACGACACUUCGAUGCCCCAAAUCCUCAAGAGUCUUAUGUCGACCCCAAUUAUUUCCGUAUGCUCCGGGCAGGGCUGGAUGUAGAUGAGCAGCCUACUCAACGUCAGCCUCCGCCGAGUCCUAUCCGUCGACUCACCCAACCCACCUUGCCGAGUGGUAGCGACUCAAGGUCCCAUGACGUCGACGAGGCCGAGUUUAUUUCUAGCUCGCCAGCUCCCCAGGAAGGAGCCCGUAUAAGGAGAGAUGCAUUCAGUCCCAACUACUUCAAAAGGUUCUUUGUCGAGGAGCGGGAACUCGGUCGUGGCGGCAAAGGUGUCGUGCUUUUAGUUCGUCACGAGAUUGACGGAUGCCCUCUGGGCCAUUUUGCCUGCAAACGAGUUCCGGUAGGCGACGAUCAUGCGUGGUUGGAGAAAGUGUUGAUAGAAGUUGAGCUGUUGGCCAAGCUCUCUCAUCCCAACUUGGUAUCUUAUCGCCAUGUCUGGCUCGAAGAUGUCAUUUUGAAUCGGUUUGGGCCGAGCGUCGCUUGUGCAUUCAUCCUCCAACAAUAUUGCAAUAGCGGCGACUUGUUGAAGUACGUUAUCGGGGAUCAGCCUAAGCAGGUGACAAAGGAGCAGCUCAAGGCUCAGAUGCGCCGCAGGUCCAGAGGCGCGACCGAACGCCCCCAGGACGUUUACGCCUCUCAACGUCGUCUAUCUUUCGAGGAGAUAUAUUCCCUUUUCAAGGAUAUCACCUCUGGUCUUGCUUAUCUUCAUAGCGCCAACUACAUCCAUCGUGAUUUGAAGCCCAGCAAUUGUCUUCUACAUCACGAGAACGGCAAGCUCACAUGCUUAAUUAGCGACUUCGGCGAAGUUCAACCUGGAAAUGCUAUUCGAAAAUCAACAGGAACGACCGGCACCAUUUCUUAUUGCGCUCCAGAAGUCUUAAAGAGAGACGCGGGAGGUCGGUUUGGCAAUUUUACAACCAAAUCUGAUGUAUUUUCUUUGGGCAUGAUUCUCUAUUUCCUAUGCUUCGGCCGACUCCCUUACAUGAAUGCCAAUACCAUUCACGAGGAACUUGAAGACAUUGACCUGUUGCGAGCCGAGAUUACCGACUGGAAAGGUUUCCAGGACGAGAAGCGAGAGAGACCCGAUCUUCCUUUGAAGCUCUACCAAUUGCUUAAAAAAAUGCUGGCCCUUGACCCCGCCGAACGGCCGAGCGCUAACGAGGUGCUGAGCGUGAUGAAUCACGAAUCGUAUCACGGCGGGUUUACGGGGCGGGCUACGAGUCCUCCUGCUGGGUUGAAAGGACGAAUAAUCCAAAACCUCGACUCGCCUACUCACCCUGGCACACCACUUCCCGAUCCUCAUAAGCACCCUAGCAAGAUCCUAACUUCCGGGGAGAACUUUACUUCACCUAGUGAAGACAGUUCGCCAGCCGCAAGUCAUUCGUCCCAGCCGAACUUGUAUACCAGCCUUCAGAAGUAUGGUAGUCCCAGCACGCCUCGACAUCGUCCCCAGGCUAUAGCUCUGUCUCGAAGUCACGAAGAGCUCGCGAGCUUAUCUCCGGAUCGCGGCCGCGGCCGUUCUACCGGAGUCGCCCACCCGCCACCGUCUCCUAGUUUGCGCGCGCCAUUGCUCUUAGCACCACCAGAUGGUCCUCCAGAGACAAUUAGAGAACAAGCGCGACAUCUCUUCGUCUAUCUCAUCAACAGCCACGGUGACUCCAUGGUGUUCACUUUUCGGCUUCUCCUGUUCCUGGUCAAGAUCUUAUCUCUUGCCAGACAAUGUUGGCCUUUCACCGUAACCCUCAGCGUCGGAAUCCCCUUGGUUGGCAUCGCGGGAAUUGAUUUGGGGAUGCCUAGGGACGUCUUCUUGAUAAGCCACGAAGGAAGUCCGCGCAGGCCGCUUCCUUCAACCUUCCCUCACCGUACAUGGGGGUGGAGAGGCAGUUUUAUUUUGCUCGCCCUCCAUUUUGUUGCGUUGUGGUCGUUCUCUCGAUGGAAUGUCUUGUGUGCUGCAUUUCGAGACACUUGGACUGACUGGUGA